GCUUGUCAUAAAUAUAGCUCCAUACUAGGUAAAGUGGUAAAGUAUCAUUUAUACAUCUACACCAUUUGGCAUUGCUGUUUUUUGUUUAGCAACAACUUACAAACACUCCAACAAAACUAACAGAAUGACAUCUGCAGACACCUUAAAUCUCCUUCCUGAAACUGAAGUCACCAAAAGUGACAAGACAAUCAUGGAUGUUGAUGCUAUUAUGAACAACAUCACAAUUGUUUUUUACGCAAUCACUAUAUUUUUGGGCACUUUUGGAAAUGCGGUGGUCAUCUGGAUGUCCGGAUUCCGUCUAAAAGCCAACGUCACCAAUGUCUGGUUGGUCAACUUGGCUGUAGCAGACCUGAUUUUCUGUUUCACUCGUGUUACUUCACUGAUUAAGAACCUCUACGAUGGAUUUUGGUUCUUUGGCUUGUUUCUCUGCAAGUUCAAUGGAUUCUUCAAGUACACCAAUAUGUUCUGCAGUGUUUUCAUCCUGGCCGUCAUUAGUCUGGAUCGGGUAAUUUGUGUUUGGCAACCGGUGUUCAGCCGGCAGCGGAGAACUGUAUGUGCAGCUAGACUCAUCAGCGUUGUGGUUUGGACAGUGGCAAUGAUCUUCAGUGCACCAUAUUAUGUGUACCGACAAGUGUAUAUUGGAAAGAACAACUUAAGCAAGUGCUCUAUGGAGGUGCCACAGUUAUCUGAAGCUGACAACAGAGCUAAGAUGGCCUUGUACAGUAUUCGAUUCUUAUGUGGAUUUUUGUUGCCUUUCCUCAUCAUCCUGACCUGCUAUGUACUAGCUGGUUUAGGGAUACGGCGAACACGGAUCAUUCACAAAUCACGGCCCCUUCGAAUUCUUGCAGGAUUGGUCUGUGCAUUCUUCCUGUGCUGGGGGCCUUACCACUUUCUCCUAUUGGUCAAAAUGGUGGACAGCAAGAGCCAAGCAGUAAAAGUGGGCCUGCCCAUAGCUAAGGGUAUAGCUUAUUUCAACAGCUGUGUUAACCCAAUUUUGUACUUCUUUAUGGGGCUGGACAAGAGACUGCGCUUUAAUCAAAGCCUGUCUCGGGUCUAUGCUAGAGCUCUAGCUGAAGACUUUGAGGUACAAACUUCACAGUCUAAGGAUUGCACAGGAACAAUGGAUGACACUUCAGAAGCAUUGCAAGAGUCAUAGUGGCAGGGAAGUAGAUGUUUGUAAGAAUGGUUGAAAAAAAGCUACACAGUAAUUGGAAGAAGAAACUAAACAUCAGUUUAUACAUGUUAGUUAUGAUGUUAAUGUACCUUUCAU